UGAACGACAUUGAAACCAAAAUAUACCCUUUUCUCGGAAGAGCUUCAGUCAUUUGAUAAAUGCGCGUAUAUCAUUUGUUAACAAAAGUCAGAAAAGCGUUGCUUGAAAGUGAUUUGAGCGCAGUAAUAGUCGAUGGAUUCAUGUUCGAAGUAAGCAGCAAUGGCAGCUGAUGAUGAAACAAACCCAAGAGUUUACCUCUUUAAAGACGAUUAUGAUAUGAUUCAAUUGCUUGUUCGCUUUCACCCCACAAGAAACACAGGCGGAGAUCUGUUUGGUCUGUGGACAAACGACGGUGAACCUGUUCUUCACAUAGUUACUGGCCAGGGAAUAGAAACUGUCAGUUCACCUCAGCAAGUGUUCUCGUCAAAUAACACUUCCUUCGACUCGAGAAUCGAGGAUCUUGACACCAGACUACGAAAUAAGUUCCACUUGAUUCAUUUAGGAAAAUGGCAGUAUAUGCCUCGUUCAGAGCAAACUGAAACGGAAAUAAUCUCGACGGUUGGCCAAAACACGCUUUCUAGAAGGGCUGGACUAAUGAGGGAUUUUCUACUCAUACUGGCAAGUUGUGAUGAUCAGUCACCAAAAGUGGAACUAAAUCCUUAUUUUCUAUCACAAUCUUCAAUCACGAGAGGAGAAAUUGCGGAUGCACUUCCUAGACAUAGUAUAUACAAAGAAGAUGACGACAUAGCAAGUGUUGUUGACUCCCUCAUCGACAGAGGCAGUUUUUGGGAGGAAAACAUAAACAGCGCGGGCUUAGCUACGAGAGUAGGAGGGAAUAGAGAGGAAAUGGAAGCUCCCGACAAAAGAGAAAGUUAUGAAAAUCAAACAUCAGACAAAAUCACCUCGAAGAAUCCCGAAACCUUUCUCGAAAACAGUGAUCCCAAACUAAAGCUGUAUAUGUUCCAAGAUCACCUGCAAAUGAUUAGGGAUGUUGUUUGUUGUCACCCAGAUGCGGAGGCUGGGGGAGAUUUGUACGGUUUGUGGACAAACGAUGGCGAGCCUGUCUUGCACAGAGUAACCAACGCAAAAAACUCAGCCACAAGAAACGCAAUCCUUCCAGAAGCCCCAUACCUGCCUUGUGUUGGCAGAUGGAAGUACAUGAGUGUUUGGGAAAACAUCAGUAGCGAAAUAGUAGCAAUCUGUGGAAGCUCACAGCCAGAUGAAAAAAGUUUUGUGUUUCUAAUGAUAGAACGCAAAGAAGACAAGUUUAUGUCAGCUUUCAUUCGAUCCGAUAAAAGUUAUUUCCCAAGAAAAAUGGAAAUUGAAGUCCUCGAUCGAAAAGAAGCCAUCAGAGGAGAGAAUUUUACUGACAAAGACGACCGAUAUGAAGAAACCGUUCAAGGUGAGAGACAAUCAUGUUCUGAUCUGGCAGUCUCUGACUUUCACAGAUUCGAGACGGGCUUUGCGUGCAACCCGCAUGAAUUAAAGGUAUACCUUUUCGAAGAAGACUAUGAGAUGAUGAAAAACCUUGUUCUCCGUUACCCUAACGUUGAGACCGGCGGUGAUCUUUUUGGUCUGUGGACAUCUGAUGGCGAUGCAGUGCUUCAUAUGGUACUGGGCCCUGGUGAGAACUGCAAGAGGACGGCAACUUCAUUCUAUCAAGAUAUUCCUUACCUCCAGGAAAAAGGGGAGUUGCUAACUACAAAGUACAUGCUGUGUCACAUUGGGGAAUGGCACUCACAUCAUCAACUGCACCUUUACGAGCCAAGUCAUGGCGACUCGUCCACUGUCAUCAGACAUUAUCCCCACGGGACAUGUGGC